UAAUAUGCUUUACUAUGGUCAGCUCGCGGGGAAUUUGAAAAUAUGCCAUCCUCGUUUCCUCUCGAUUGCCGACAGUGAUGUUGUUUGUGAGUAAUUUAUCCAUUCCUUGCCACACCGAUGAACUACUACACAAAGAAGAUUAUCUGAAUUCUCCCCUAACAUGAGUAACGGUAAGUUUUUGUUUUUUCGUCUGAGUAAAUUAAGCUUGUAUGACUUCGAGCCAAUUCCGCUGUGUAAAAAAGGGAGCGUUAAACUUGCAGUGGUUCGUAAUGAGAGCUAACAAGCUCAUUGUCAAGUCUAUAAAACAAAUUAAAUUGACCUUUGAAAAGGCCAUCGCUUUAUGUUUCAUGAACGGUUUGGAGGCGUGUUCCACAGGGUAUAAGUUAUGUGAAAACAGUUAUCAAAUUGAUAUUGAAGAAAUAACAUAAGAUUAAAACAUGUUUCUUGGUAUUUGAAUACAAUAUUUUCUCUCUACGAGUGAAAUUAUGUGGCUGCAAAGAUUUUCUUUCAGAAAGCAAAGUAAUUCCCUGCAAAUGUUGUUAUUGUUACGCGUCGUCUUUUCUAUGGCUCCCGAUUUUCUUUAAAUUAGCACUUUAUCAGUGCAUACAAAAGAUCAGCGUUUUACCUUUUCACAGUAGGUACAUCGUAGUGGCACAAGGGGAUUUGAUCUCCUGAAAAGGUGGGAAAAGCUGGGCAUUUUUUAAUUUGCCUGUGAUGAUAAGGAACUACAAAACAACGAGUCCAUGGCCAGUAUAACCGUAGUUGUCUUGGCUCAAGUUUUGAAGUUUCUUGUGUACAGAGAAUGUACAGUUGAACCUUUCUACAACAGGUAAUUUGGGGACAGACUUGGGAGACCUCCUGGUGUGGGGAAGCAGUAAAUACGACAGAGAACUCAAUGUAGUUACAUGUAUAUUUCAGACAACAUUAACACAACAUGGCGGUCAUAAAAGUAACGAGCGAGGCAGAAAAAGGUUCUGUUCUUGUGACGUAAGCAUUACAUAAAUGACCGCUGACCAGGUAACGAAUUACAUGAAAGGUAACGAAAUACACGUUCAAAUGUCACGAUUUAACUAUUUCACAUCCUCCGGGGAGGGGGCGCGAAUGUCCUUGGCCCAAUCUGCAAUUCUCCUUAUUGCUCGUCGUGCUGCAUCUCUUUGUGGUCUCCUCACAGGGGUUGGAGUUUCUACUGCGGUUGCUUGAUCCUCUGUGCAACACUGUGCUUCCUUGGCGUGAACUUCUAGAGGGUGUAAUCUUGUUAUGGGACGGUUUGUUGUUCCAUUGGCGGUGCGUAAAUUUUUGAACGCACAAGUCCAUCGCGACCUCUGUUAAUGGAUGUGACAAGUGCUAGUUUCCAGUUUACUCUAGGGCUAUCAUCAUGGAUUAGAACUACAUCACCAGCCUUCACGGAUUCUGUGUUGAUUCCUGAACCUUUGUGGAACUCUCGGAGGGAGGUAAGGUACUCAUGACGCCAUCGUUGCCAAAAGUGUUGGAUCAGUAAGGUGACACGUUUUGCCCUUCUUAGUAAAUCUGUACUUGUUUGGUAGGUGGGAUCACUCACUUCGUCACUUUCUACUGGUGGAUGUGGUAAUGACGUAAUUGCCGGCCAUAAAGUAGAUGUGCAGGGGUUAAUGCUUCCUCAUCCUUAAUGUCUGAGGAAACGAGGUUGGGGGGACGAUCGUUUAGAAUUGCCUCUACUUCAACAACAAUUGUCUGAAGAGUGCACAGGUUGACUGCAGCUCUGCCGAGUACCUUCUUGAUGGUGGAUUUGGUGAGACCGAUGAGGCGUUCCCAAAACCCGCGCCGUACCAAAGGCGCCUUCUUGGGGAUGAAUAGCCAUUCAAUGCCUUCCCUUGCUAGUGUUUCCUUGAGCGCACGAGAUUGAAACAAUUCCUUUAGUUCAUUGUUCGCUGAUACAAAUGUUGAGGCAUUGUCAGAUAUUAGUUUCCUUGGAAGAGAUUUCCGACUUGCAAAUCUGCGAAAGGCUAGUAAGAAGGCUUCAACGGUCAAGUCUUCGACAACUUCAAGAUGAAUAGCCCUGGUUGUUGCACAAGUAAACAGACAUAUGUAGACCUUUGUUUCGAUUCCAGCAUUUCGAACAUACAGAGCUCGGUGUAGUCCACCCCAGUGACUUCAAAGGGUUGUGUUUGUUGUAUUCUUGACUUGGGAAGGGGUGGUGGGUCUGGUGCAUUGUAGGCUGUUCCUGAGACCUUUCUGCAGGUUACGCAUUUGUCAAUUAAAGUUUUGACGCGUUGUCGCCAGAAGGAACCCAAUAAGUUUGACGAGGGCGGUGAGUGUUGAGUUGACACCUGCAUGAAGCUGUUUGACAUGGGUGGAGUGAAUUACAAGAUCUGUGAAAUGGUCUUUGCUUGGAAGUAGCAGAGGAAACUUGGUGUUGCCACUUAAGGGUGCGUUGUGUAUCCUUCCGCCACAGCGUAGAAGACCACCAUCAUCAAGGAAAAGGCGGUUGACGUACCAAAGUUGUGCGGUGUCGCGACUUGAGAGGAGGUUGUUAACUUCAGCAUGAAAGACAACAGAUUGACGAUUCUUCACCCAUUCUGUCAUGGCAUGAUCAUAUUCCAUGGCUGUAAUUGGGCCUUGUUGACUAAGUUUCUUCUGGAGAAGUUUUACAAAUCUGAAAACAUAGGCUGUAACACGUAGAAGCUUUGGUAAACUGCUGAAACCGAUGGAUUGAUCAGGCGAUGAAGGCCUUGCUGUUGAACUGGGACUGUGCCGUCUGUGGUAGACCCACCAGGAGAGGUUUCAGUUGCUGAUAAGUGAAGAACCUCUGUCGAGGCCAUGAAGGCCACUGGGAUCUGUUUGGUAACCAUGUGGGACCAUGUUUCCACAGCAAGGAAAUCUCUAGUUGAUGUGCUGUUAUCCCUCUUGUGAGAAGAUCGGAGGGGUUUUCAGUUGUAGGGCAGUACUUCCAGUUUGAAGUUGAUGUCAGCUUCUUUACUUCUUGGAUGCGAGUGUUGACGAAUGGCUUCAACAACUUGGUGCUUUUGAGCCAGUGGAGAACAAUUUGGCUGUCAGACCACAAUGUGACUCUUGUAACUGGCAGUUGUUCUUGAAGAUAUGAAGCUAAACGUGCGGCUGUUAGAGUUGCCAUAAGUUCCAAUUCUGGAAGGGUGAGUUUCUUCCUUGUCGGAGCAACACGCGACUUCGCCAUAGCUAACGAUGACUGGUUUCCACGUACUAAGUAAGCAGCAGCUCCAUAGGCUUUCUGGCUUGCAUCAGCGAAAACAUGUAGUUCUGUAUCGCUGCUAUCGACAGAGACAUUAGAAGAGAAGUAGCGACGUGGGAACUCAAGUUUGGUUGCAUCUCCAAUCUCCUUUGCUACAGCACGCCAUUUUUGAUCAAGAGAAGGUGGAAGGGGCUCGUCCCAAUCAAUCCCUUCCUUCCACAGUUCUUGUAUUAGAAUCUUAGCCGCAACGGUGACUGGUUGAAGUAAGCCGAGUGGAUCAAAGACUUUUGCUGUUUCUUGUAACACCUCUCUCUUGGUUGACAACGGGGGGGUAGAGGUUGCCUGUUUACAUGAGAAUCGUAGCGUGUCUGAAGUUAUGUCCCAUACCAUGCCAAGUACUUUUUAGUUGGACUAGUGUCGAGGAUUUGAUUUUUGGCUGCAAUAUGUUGAACACCAGGACUGUUUGAACUCCAUGACCUGAGAUUGAAGCCCACCGGUGACAUUUUGUUCCUGGCAUCUUGGUAAUAGUUGACUGCUGAAUCAUCAUCGUUUGUUUCGAGGCGAGAUCAUCCACAUACAGAUUCCUUAACAUAUCCAUGCUGACUUGGUCUGUAGACUGUGUGAGGUGCUUAUUGAGAGUGGCAUUUAAGAUGAAAGGGGAACUUGUGGCACCAAACAUGACAGACUUGAAUCGGUAGACAAUGAAUUCACUCUCCGGGUCAUCCGUGUUAGAUAGCCAGUAGAAGCGCGUGGCAUCUCGAUCAGCUUGGUCUAGGUUUACAUGUAAAAAUGCCUUUUCAAUGUCUGCAGUUAUAGCAUACUGGUGGAGACGGAAGCGUAGAAGUAUACCAGUAAGAUCAUUGAGAAGUGGAGGACCUGGCUGUAAGCAAUCAUUCAAGCUGGGUUGUUCACCUCGUUUGAAGCUGCAGUCGUACACAAUGCGUAGAGGAGUUGUGGUAGAGUCCUUGAGAACAGCGUGAUGAGGUAUGUAAUGACACACUCCGUUGGUUGUUUCUGGAUUGUCCACUCUUUCGAUAAAAUCGCGAGAUUGUUGUUCUUGGAUGAUGUCAUUGUACAUGCGUAAUUUAUUAGGAUCUUCAGCUAGUUUUCUGACCAUGGAGCGGGUUCUCUGCUUAGUGAUUUCUGCAUUUGAUGGUAGAGGGGGAUGUUCUGGUCGCCAGGGUAGCUUUGCACUGUACCGCCAUCCUCCAACAUGAUAGACGAGUUUUGAUAGUACUUCAGAAAGUCAACCGUUUCUUCUGAUGAGCUUGGCUGAACACCAACUGAUUCAAUCCGCCAGAAACGUUCCAAAUCAAAUUGUUCUUGAUGAUGCUCAGUCACAACAUUUAAAAUAGACGUGUUUAGGUUCUCUGAAUGGUUACUGUUGGAGAGGGGGCCGAAAGGAGGUAUCCUAUCUUUGAUUUGGCUGCUGUGGGACCUGGACCCUUGACAACCGUUUUCCACUAUGUCCCAAUAAUGAUCUGCACCGAUUAGAAUAUCAACUGUGAAAGGUGAAUCAUCAACGUUUUGUGCUAAUGACAGUCCCUUUAAGUGUGGUAGUUCCUUACAUUGGCACCAGUGUAAGUAGUGAGGGGGGCAGCUAUUGUUGGUACAAUGAUCACGCCGAAUGGGAAUGUUCUCCUCUUGAGCGGUUUCAACAAAAACGGUGGCAGUGUCAAUGCGUUUAACGGAUGAUGUGUUCCCACCAAAGGUUGACAGGGAUAUGGUCUCUUGCAUUUCUGGUUUCAGAUCAAGUUUGGUCGCUACAUCUGAAGUAAUGAAGGGCGUUGAGACCCUUCAUCAAAUAAAAUGUGUGCACUGAUGUGGUUGUUGUGACUACCAACAGAAGCAACGGCUGUUUUCAGUAGACGGGGGUGUGUCUGCUAGUAUCACCAAUGUGGUAGGAUGAGACUGAAGGUGCUGUAGUCUUGUCUGUGGUGGGUGUACAUUGAGCCUUGUUUGUAGUUGGCGGUUCAGUGGAUGACACUAGGGGAGUUGAUUCUGCAUUUUGGCAAAGACUGGUAUGAUGCUUUCGAUGGCACACCUUACAUCUGUUCCGUGACUUGCAUUUAGAUACUGAAUGACGAUUAAGACAGUUAAAGCAUACCCUUGCAUCACGUACAAUGGAGUAUCUCCUUCCCUUGUCUGUUACAACAUUACAAUCAUUUGAACUGUGUUCGCCCUUACAGAAAAGGCAUGUUCGCUUGGUAGGGCGCCGAUCAGUGGGAGGAGGGAGAACAGGUGUAGGUGGCUUUGAAGUCGUGAGAAAUGCAGCAGUAGCAGCAGUUGUUGAGUUGCUACUGAGUUCAUAAUCGCUAGAACUGUUCUGACCUGCUUCUAAGAUUUCAAUUUCGUUCAAGAUUGCCUUACGUAAGUUGUCAAGCUGCCACUCCUUGUUUCCAUUUUGCCUUGCUAGAUUCCUCUUAAUUCCAUUAGGUAACUUCUUCUGAAUGAUGGGAACAAGAAUAUCUCCAUACGUUUCUGUUUUCUUCCCUAGUGACUCAAGUCCCCUGAUGUGUGUUUCAACUGAGUCAUAGAAAAGCCUCAAACUACUUAAAUGAUCAGUGGGUGAUGGAAGGUUGAGCAGUGCCUCCAUGUGUGCAUUGAUAAUCUUGUGGGGUUGAGCGAAUCUAUCUUUCAAUAACUGGAUGCUCUUAGCGUAAUUGGCACUGGUUAAUGGCAACCCGGCAAUGACUCUUUCAGCUCCGUCGGCGUAACUGUGCUCUCAAAUAAUUGAACCUUUGGACAUCACUGAUCGAAGAGUUAUCGUGUACUGCAGACUGAAAGGCGUCCCAAAACGAUUGCCAUUCAAGCGGGUUCCCAUUAAACGAUGGCAGUACAAGUUUAGGUAAACGAUUAGUUUGGAAUGUACUCACCGGCGGUGGUGUAAUCGAGUAAUCGGUGGUGUAAUUGGGGGGAUUCUCUGCUGAAGCGGCUGUGUUACUUUGAAAAUCGCUACCUGACGCGUUCCAGUCGAAGGUGGGGAAUUGGAUUGUUGAUUUUCUUGUUCCGUUUUUGCGGCGUAGAUGGAAUGGGUUGCUGAUUUGUUUGUCCCUUUUGCGGUGAACUUGACGGAGUACUGAUAUUCCCGGGACUGUGAGACAACACGUACUGGUCGAGGUUUCUUUUGGCGAGCUCAAUUAAAUUGUCGGUGAGGCAAACCUUCUCCACGAUAAGGCUGUCUAGUUCCUCUGCAUCGAGUAUUUCUGCUUCGAGUUCCUCAGGAGUUUCCAGUAAAACUGCUAUCUUAUCGUUAAGUUCCUUGAGGGUUUGUCUCUUUUGCUUUAACUGCUCCACGAGAGACUUGAGUAGUACAAUUCCGUUGUCGGCUAUUGUUCCUUCUGCAGUGUCAUCGAUUUUCUGUCUUAGUUUGGUUAAAUGUGCUUUGUGAGCUCUUCUUGACGCUAGCAGUUUCGGUAACUCUUCCAUCCUGGUCUCGGCACCAAAAAUGUGGGGAAGCAGUAAAUACGACAGAGAACUCAAUGUAGUUACAUGUAUAUUUCAGACAACAUUAACACAACAUGGCGGUCAUAAAAGUAACGAGCGAGGCAGAAAAAGGUUCUGUUCUUGUGACGUAAGCAUUACAUAAAUGACCGCUGACCAGGUAACGAAUUACAUGAAAGGUAACGAAAUACACGUUCAAAUGUCACGAUUUAACUAUUUCACACCUGGGACAGAUCAGAAUUAAAUAGGGAACUUAAGUAACCACAUAGCAGUGGGAAAAAUAAAACUGUCACACAAAUAAUUAUAACCCUUUAAGCCCUAGUAUCCACUAACAAAUUCUCCAGACCUCUAAUUCUCCACACUGAUCUCCAUACAUUUCCUUAAAGGAUUAGUAGAGAGAAUUUGAUAAAAGAUCACAGCAUUUUCCUAUAGGUGAUCAUUUCUUAAAUUCUCAUAACCUUUUCCUUUAUUGAUGUAUAGAUAUUGUCAGGAGAAAAUUAAUGUUAGUCACACUUAGGACUGAAAGGGAAGGAGUGCAUCUGUUUGUACACUGUUUUCUCUAAAAUGGCCAUUGUGGAGAGGUUGUUGUGGUGCUCUCACUGUUGUCACCGUUGUGUAGAGGAGGCUGUUGAAUUCAAUCACAUCAUUCUAUGACACUAUAAAGAAAAUACAUAAUACUGCCCUCCUUUUUUGAAGUCAAAUAAUCAAACUGUUUACACUUCUUUACACCCAAUUUUUAAUUUUGAUGAAGGCUCAAAUAAACUUGAAUAACCCUUCAACUAAUCAUAUGAGCCGAAAGUCUGUGGUUAACUUCUAUGUGCAAUCAUUGACAUUAAAUUUUUGUCAUUAUUGGUGUUUUUUUACGUUUAAUUUGUUAAAAAAACCUUAUUGUUAAUAAGUGUUGGUCUUCGAAAACAGUGUUAAUUUUCCAUUGACAGAUUUCAAUUCUAGAGAAGUUGUUUUCUUUCCUUUUAUUUAAUAAUUUAUGAUAUGCUGACUACUUACCAUUCAAGGAUUAGUAAAAAUGUUGCCAAUAAAGUUUUGACUUGUCCAUGCAAUUUUUAUUCCCAAGGUAUAAAAUAAUAAUUGUAUUUUGUGUGAAAAGAAAGUGUGUUUUAGUAAGGUCGUUGUGCAAAAGUUUUUUUUUUUUUAUCGGAAGGUAUGAAUUUUUCCUUUGGAAGACGGCAAGAAAAAGUUGAUUGGCGAAGGCUUGGUGAGAAAUUGUCUACAGUUUGUUGUUACAUUUUGUGUUCUUUUUUUUUGCAACUUAUAACUGCAGGUUUUCUUUCACUCAUAGAUAAAGAAAGCACUAAUAAUAAAAAGAGGUCAAUGGUCUAGUAGUUCCAGUUGAUGAUAGAAUGGUUUUAACACACAUCAUAUGCUAGUCAUUUUGUUGUUCUUUCACAUUAGGGCCAUUUAUACGAGGUUUAGCAAAGACGCGUCUUAUCGAGGAACAGGUGUUACCUGCUGUUCUUAGAUUAGACGUGUCUUAGCUAAAUUUCAAACGAAAUGUGCCGUUUAUACGGGAUAGUUUGAGUCUUAUUUAGGAUGCGUCCUAUGUGAGAGAUGUGUCUUAUUUUUCCUCGUUUAAACGGCCCUAUUGUUUUUAUAGGGAUGAUCUGUUUGUCAAAAUGUAGAACGAUAUUUUGUUUAGGUGUCUGAAAGAUGCCAUUGGUUUUACAUCAAUCUGGAAAUUUCAAAAUGUUAUUUUUUAGGAACAAAAUUGAGUCAAAUAAUUAAGUUUUUCAUUACAUUACCAUCUUGUUCUCAGUAUAAUUAUGUUUACAGGACAAUGUUACAUUAAUAGUUAUGAAAUUUUUAUUUUAAACUUUAGCAUCUGUAGAUGUUGACCACAUCUUAAGAGAAAUGGAUGUGAAGACAUUACAAGACAAUAUUAUGCAUAUCACAUUCUGUAACAUUGAGGCUGAACUGGUGGGUGCAUUCAUAACAUUUAUUCAUUAUAAUAUAAAUUUGUAAAAUUUAUUUGAAAAUUAAUUAUUCAUCCCAGUUAAGACCAAUCAAUACGUUUAAUCUGAGUCGCAAGUACAUCUCUUUUAUGCUAAUCUUGCAAACAAAUCAACUUGGUUAAUGGAUUAUUAAACAGUAUAAUAAAUUCCUACUCAAAAUAAUUAAUUCAAUAUUAUAUUGAGUUACAUUGGAUACAGGUCUCUAAUGAUUGUUUUAUUUCACUUGUAAAAACUCAAUACAAUAGUAUUAGGCCUCUGACUGUCAUUUACAUAACAAACAAAUAUGUUGGAACAAUUUAAGUUUCACCUACUCCUCUUCUAAGUCACAAUUUUACCCUAAGUGAGAAGUAAGUGUUAGUGUUGACUUAAGGGAGGGGUAGGUAGAUGGUCAGGUAUCUAGAAAUCUCUAUUGAUGAAAUAAUGUUUGAUACUUAUCUGACCAUACAUUACACUGACUAGGAAUUAAUGACAAAGAUUAGAGAAGAGAAUUUGAUAAAAGAUCAAAGCAUUUUUCCUCUGGUUAUCAUUUUAUUAACUUUCAAAAUCUUUCUUCUUGGUGAUGUAUUGAUCAUGAUAUUGUCAAGGGAAAAUUGGUGUUGGUCACUCUUGAGGCAAAAGGGUUGAUCGAAAAACAUUAGUAUUGUUUCUAACCACUACAUUUUGGUUUGAACAGGGAUCACAGGGUGUAGGAUACGAUCCUAACUACAUCAAGAUGUUUAAACUGGCCCAGCUUAUUAUUGAGUAUCUUCUGGUAAGGCAUUGUGCUGCAUAAAGAAGAAUAAAAAUGUUGUACAUGUGUACUGUGUUCAUGAUUUUGUAUAUUGACAACAAGAACAAUCGUCAAGUGGAGUCAAUAAAAGAUGUAGAGUGAAUAACUUUAUGAUCUUAAGUGUAGUGGUCACAAUUUCUAUGUCAGAUAUUAAUGGUUUUCACAAAACACAUUGAUUUAUGCCUUUGCUUAAGCCAUUAAAAUUUUUGCUGAAUCAGCCAGAGUUUGUGAGACAAGGGUGGCUCCUUGUUUCUAGUGAUUCUCAGUUGUUUAUCUUUAUGUUUCCUGUAGCAUUCUCAGCAGUUCCUUUCAGCAAACCUUGAAGCAGAGAACAAGACUCUCCAAGAUUCACUGGAGGUAAAAAUGAUCAGAUUAAAGUUUGAUUAUUAUUUACAUCAGUGAUGGAACAGAUUGUAUAAAUUCUGAAGUCAAAUUGGAAUGCUUAAGAUAACCCAUAAGCCCCGUUGAGGAUCAGCCCUAGUAAAGGGACCUGGCUAACCUUGAGAGGCAAAAGCAAAACUCUUUGAACCGGCGAUCACUGGAUUUACCUUUCUAACAAAGCUAUGAUCAUCAGUCUUAAUAUUUCUCCGUUUUUAUUUUGGUAAUGAAUGCAGGAAGUUGAAAAAGCUAAAAAAGAGCUGGAGGAAAAAAAAGAAGCAUACAAAAAACUGAAGAGAGAAUGUCAGAAACAAAAGAAAUGGAUUGCUGAAUAUCAACUGCUGAUGAGAGCUGGAGCAAGUGGACAACACAAGGUACUGCUCAACAUUUCCACAGUACCUUCUUCUGAUUGCUCUUGUUCCAACCCCUAUGCUCUAAAGCUUUCGUCCUUUAUUUCUUUUGUCCCUUUCCCAUAUUACAUUACAGUUAUGCUUGUCAGUCUUCACUGCUUUCAUUUCCUCCUUUUUCUUUACCCUUCUCUCAUUCUUCUACUUCCUCUCUUCCUCCUCUCCCUUCCCUCCCUUCCCCUUUUCUUUCUUCCCCCUUCCCCCCCCCCCCUGUCAUGUUUAUUUUUUUGUCUCUCUCUCCUUUCCAUUCUGUUCCUCCCACCAUCUCCUUAGUUACUCUACCUCAAGUUUUUUUUUAUUUCCGUCCUUUUCCUCUUCCUUCCCUUCACUUUUUGCCUCUUUCCUUAAAAUGCUUAACUUUGUAGCUCCCACCUUCUCCCCUUUCUUUCUUUUCACCUCCCUAUUUUUCUUCUUUUUCUCUUUUUCCCUCUCUUCCUCCCUCCUAACCUCUCUGUUUCUAUUGUUUUCCUUGUUUCCUGUCCCUGCUCUCUCCUGUUCUUUACUUUUCACUUUCCCUCACCCACUUUCUCUUUCCCUUUCCCCUUAUCCUCUUCUUCCUGCUUUACUACAUCAGUUAUCUUCCUUAAUAAUUUUCCUUUUCCAUAACAUUAUCCUUUUACUCUCUUUAACUUGUAAUAACUUAUCUGCCAACCACUUCUCCCGGUCAUUUUCCAUCAUUGCUUUUUUCUUAUAACUCUCUUCAUCUUCUUUAUUCCAGUGUCCUUGUUGUGCCAAAUCAUUUGUUAGCCAUGAGUAUGUUAUAUCCCAUGUAACAAGACGUCAUGAAGAGUACUCCAAGAAGAUGAAUGGAAUGUUGGUGUCUUCAGCACCCAUCAGAUCUGUAGGUGCAGUCACAGUCGAGUCAAAGCCUGGCAUGACAGAGCAAGAGAAAAAUAAUCUUGAAAAAGAGCUAGAGAUGAUAAAAGUAAGACUGCAGAAAACAGAGCAGGAACUAAGUGAAGAGAAGAAGCUAACAGAAUCGCAGGUACAUUCAUUUGCUUUUCCUGUAAACUUGUCUGUAUGCCUCUCUAAAUUUUUCAUUUGAAAUCUUGACAAAAGCUUGUUCUCCCUGUACGUGUAGCGUGCCCAGCUUGAGUAUUUUUAAGCUCAAUUUGUGCAUUUAAGAAAACUGUACUGAAUUUAAAAGCACUUUAAAAUCUGUUUCUUUUUUGUAACAGAGAAAUAGGCUGACAGCCGAGCAUCAGAGUAUUGAUGAACUCAGAUUGAUGUUUGAAAGAUGGAAAGAGGAAGAAAAGGCUGAACAACAGGUCAUUUUUUCCUUCAGUUUGAUAUUGUUGUACAUCACCUGCAUACAGAAGUUGUAUUUUCCUCCCCUAACUUCAAAACUGUUCACUCUACCUUACUGCUCAUGACACCAUCCUUUGCCUAUUUUUUUAAUGCUGUCCUGAUGUAAGAAAUAAAUAUUUCUUAUGAAUACAACAAAAUUAAAUUAAGAAUUCAAGUGGCAGGACAAGUAAGAUCAAGGUGUUGAAAUGUAAACUUCUGAGAAACAGCCUCAGCUAGGUUAUGUAGGAGUCUAGGCGAGACCUCAAUACAAGAACCAGAUAAAUGCUUAUAGAAUGAAAUGAAAACAUCUAUUUAUCUUCUUUUGUUUGUCUUUUUAUUUAUUUUCACCUUAGUUUAUUUUUUAUUGUAAUUUCAGCAAGAGAUGGCCGAGUUCAAAAGAAGUUACCAGUAUGAUCUAAUGCAAAUGCAAGCAGAAAGGGAUGAAUAUUCUCAGGUGAGUUAAAUACACCACUAAGAUAACUAUGUGCAAGAGAGAAUAAUAUUAAAAGUGAUUUUUUUUUCUUGACUGUGUCCAGGUAUGUAGACUUGUCUGCUCCUCUUAAACCAUUACCUAUGCUCUCCUGAGACCAAAACUGAAAUUCUCCACUCUUGUACCUUAUUGUUAAAAUAAUAAUAUGUGAAGACAGGAUUUCUUGGCAUCAUAAUAAGAAAUGUCAUUGUGAUCUCUAUUGGUGUUCAUAAGAGCAAUAUUUACAAAAAACGAAGUAGUAAACAGCAGUAUUGCCUUUUUUUGGCAGAAAGUGAGUGCCCUGCAGGAACAACUGAGUAAGUAAACUUGCAAUAUCAAAAUAUCAUGUCCUAGUUUUGUAAACGUAUAAUUUAUUGUUCACUUCUCUUUUGAGCAGUUGCUUAACUAACAGCCAAAAAUAAAACAUGAUGUUAUGCGUCAACUUUCCUUGCAGAUCAGCUUGUUAUGCACGAGUCUGCGAUGUUUCUAAAUUUUAUUACUUUAUCUUUUAUUCCAGGACAAAGAAUAUCUAUGGUGGGAUCUAUAAGAGUAAGUUCACUGAAGUGGCCGAGUUGACAUGUUUCACUGAUUUUCUAUUUUAUUGACCACGAGUGGCAUAGAGUUAGAGAAGAUCAGCUUCACCCACACAACCCCUGUUAAGUUAAUUUCCUUCAUUGUUAUACAAUGUUCAUGUGAUACAUGCUAUUGUUUUUUAGGAUGAUGAUGAAACCGAUUCUCCAGCAAAGGCCAGCAGAGGUGAAAUGUCUCAGCAAGCCUUAGCUCAGUUAGAGGACAGGGUAAGUAUACGUUUUAUCCAGUUAUCAUCCACCUUGUUCAGCAGUAGCUUUCAUUUGAAUGGAUUUCAUCCAGCAUAAUAGACAGUACUACAGGAAAGUACUGCUCAGUAGCUUUCAUUUGAAUGGUCACACUUUAGGAUUUCAUCCACAGACUCAAAAGUAAGAACUACCUUGUACAGCAUAAUAAACAGUACCACAGGAAAGUACGGCUCAGUAGCUUUCAUUUGAAUGGUCACACUUUAGGAUUUCAUCCACAGACUCAAAAGUAAGAACCACCUUGUAGAGCAUAGUAAACAGUACCACAGGAAAGUAUUGCUCAGUUGCUUUCAUUUGAAUGGUAACACUUCAGGAUUUCAUCCACAGACUCAAAAGUUAGAACGACCUUGUACAUGGUAAUAAACAGAAGUUCUUUGCCUAAUCUUGUUUACUGUAGGUAAUUCAAAUGCAGAUGGAAACACAGCAAAAUUUACAAAAGGAGAUGCAGAAGAUGCAACAGAAGUUUAAAGCUCGGGAAGAUAAGUCUAAGAAAGACCACAGAGAGGAGAUGACGAGGGUAUGUGACCACGUACAGCAAAUUGGAAAGGGCACGAAUUUUUGCAUUUUUCUUUAAUAGUAGCAGUAAUGAAACAAAAACAAAGUAAAAUUUAAGUCGACAAUGGAUUGAAAAACAGCAUUUCUUUGUAGUUUCAGGAGAUGUUAAGUCAGUAUGAAGAAAACCUAAAGAAUGAGAGAUUAGAGAAAGGCCAGCUCUCUGAAGAUUAUGAGAACAGAAUACAGAUGCUGAACUCGGUGAGAGCCAUUAUCCAAGUUCUUUUCUCUGAUUAUCAUUAUCAUCACUGCGAAAGGUUUGAAUCCAGGAGCCAUUUGAUAAUUGGGUUGAGCAUGACCGUCCAGGUGAGGUUAGUCCUGAAUAGGACUGUUGUUGACAGUGACUGUCAGUGACUGUCAGUGACUGUGAAGAUGACUACCGCGCAGGUUGUGCAAAUGUCAUUGUCAACAGCAUGCUCUACCUACAAGUCGUUAUCGUCGAUCACUAUUUACGUGUCAUAAUUCCGAAGUAUUUGUAUGUAUUUAAUGACCCGCCUUGUAAUUCAGUUUAUGCUGCGAAAAGGUUGAAUAAACGAUCAUUAUUUAUUUAUUUAUUUAUGAUUUGAAAUUUCUUUUUGCAGCAAGUACAAGACCUCAAAAAAGCGCUGGAUUCACAGAAGGUAAGCUACAAUGAACAUGAAUAUAAUAUUGAUGAUGAUGAUAAUGGUGAUGAUGAUGAUACUGAUCAUGGUGGCAUGAUGACGGUGAUGAUGUUGACACAAUGAUGAUGAUGAUGAUAAUGGCGUCUUGGUUAUCAUGGUAAACGUGAGGCUGGGGAAGUGAUGAAGGUUUUUUAAGUGGUCAGUGUUGGUGGUGAUAACAAUAAUGAUGUUAAUGGUGAUUAUGAUUAUGUUGUUAAUGAUGAUCAAUGAAGAUCAAUGAUGACAACGAUGAUGGUGGUGGUGAUAAUAAUGAUGACGACUAUAAUGGUGGGGAUGAUGAUGUGCCUUGGUGGGAUAUGUUCAUGAUAGGAACAAAGAGGCGAUGCUGAUGGCUACACUUCUAAUUCGCCCAACAAAUUUUUGUUGCAAAAAUUCAACAUCUGGCCAACUGAAAUUUUCUAUGGCUAUAGAAUUACUUUCGUUAUCAAUGCGCCCAGUCAUAAGCCAUUUCCAUGCUGUACUCGCGAUGCUGUCAGGUCUUGUUUUGUGUAACAUGUUCUUGCUUUUUUAUUUAUUGCCAGGUGGAAACAGAUAAGGUACAAUACACCUUCAACGCUCAACCGCCAGCAGCUCUUGGUACGUAAUGGAACUACUCCUCUUCAAGUAAUUUGCGUAUCGGAAUUGUUUUCUCUUGCUCUUUGCAGUCGGGACCUAUGAACGACACCCUGAGUUCUGUAAGGAGUUCGUUUUAGUCACCAUUCAUAGAUUCUCGGGUGUAAACUUUUAUAGUGAUGGACUGCGGAGCUUCGUCUUGAAGCCUCUUUCUCUUCUUUCUCGACUUAGGUGUAUAGAUUGUUCCAAUGACGUGUCUUUUACCUAGAAAAUGACUUCCGCCAGAAGUUGUCCAAACAUUAGACUGCAGUAACAAUCUUUUUCACAGCCCCUCACGUUCUCUUCUUUUGUCGUCUCCGCAGCAUCUGUACCUCCCGUCCCUGCUCCUAGGCAGACUAGUCCUGUCCAAGGUUAGCAUGCAAGACACGACAACAAUGAUUUUGUUGUUGUUUUUUAUUUGUUUGUUUGUUUUUAUGCAUCGGACCUGUAGAGCAAUUUUCUAAUGAACUUCAGUUGAAUAUAUAGGCCAUUUCCGAGUUCCCCCGAGCCUCUGUUUCAAAACAAGAGUAGGUGCUCAGCCUUUGAUAUGGAAAUCAUUUUUCAUUCUCAUGCAAAUAAAACUCGUUUUCACAAGAAAGGUUGUGUACCCAGCCUCAUUUUGAAAGUGAGGGUUUUUGGAACUCGAAAGUGGCCUUUUGAUUUAGGCAAGCAAAAAGGAGAAUAACUGGUUUCCAAACGGAGAUAAAACUUUCCUUUCAUAGCUCCUGGUUGGUUUAGCUAACAUACACGGUCAGAGAAUUGCAUGUGGAUAUACGCUUUGACCCCACUUCCUUUUUUAUUUAUAGCGCUGCUUGUAUAUUAUUUCGUUACUUUUUUUAAAGUUCGUAUUGUUUUGAUUUCCUUUUCUAAGCUGAACCAGUUGAACGAGAAAGAGCCAAAUCUCCAGAGAAGAGUGUAACAACUGCAGGUACUUGAUAUAAGUGCGAAUAUUGAGUUAUAACUGAAAAGUGUGAAAAUAAAAAGCAAUCGUACGACAAUAGAGAGGAAACUAACCACUUGAGACAGAAUUCAUGUUAUGGCCCAGUUGCCAAGUUUCCCGCCAAACGGAAACAGCAAACAUUUUGGCGAGAGCUUAGGAACUAAUAACUAGAAAAACUAAUGUGGCCACUGAUCUUGAAAGUGCAAUGAAGCAAUGAUGCAGUUUAAGAGGGUUUUUUGUUGUUAUUUCGUUGAAAAACGACUAUAGGUAUCCCUGUUAUUUGGAAAGUGAUAAGAAGUUUAGUUUGUCUGUUUAUGCAAUAAAGAAAAACUACUUGGACAUACGAAACAUCUCUUUUCUUUUCAUCUUGCUGGUUUUCUCCUCUUCAACAUCUUUUAAGUGUAGCUUCAUUUUUAUAGGAGACUCCAUCACUCUCUACGUAUCCACCAACCAAAACAAACAAGGCCAGUACCGACUUUGGCGUCAAUCUUCCGACGGCUCGAAUGAAUGGUCCAACGUUUACGCGUUUACCGGCUUCAUAAAACCCUCGGGGAACUUUACCUACCCGCUGUACGUCUUCGCUGCCGGGGGAUCCCCGUAUUGGCGUCAAUACAUAUCCGCACGGUCGGCCCCACCGAGUUCAGAAUACCGCCUUGAUUAUAUGUUCUACUGCUCGCAGAAACCUCUGCCCGGAACACAGCAAUAUCAUGUUCUCGAAGCUGGGAGUCUUCCUGUUAUAAGAUCAUAUGUUUCAAAGUCUAAGAACGUUCCGGGAUGGAAGGACAAGGGGUUGAAUUUCUACGCUCCGAAACUGGCUCUUGCUGGCGAUAAAACCUGUAAGUCUAUACAGAAUUUUUUAAGAAUUCAACUUGCGAUAUUUUUGUUUCGCUUUGAUGUUAAUUGCUCGCACAGGAAACGUUAAAUUCCCCUACAGCAUUAGCAUUCCUAGAAUUACAGAUUAACGAUUUGUUAAGUUGUUGUUUUUUGUUUGUUUUUGUCCUUUUCCAGUGACGAGUAUUUCUGCAUCGUUUGAAUCGACUUUAACCACGGACAAAAGUCAAGGUUUGUUAGUCUUGUUGUUUCCAAACAAUGGAGGCGUAGUGACCGGGUGGUUAACACCUCGAACUUCAGAUCUUGGGCCUGUUUCUGGAAAGGCCAGUUAAAAAACGACCCCGGAAAUCUUUUGUUGUUUACGUUCAAGAUCGAGGUUUCAAUAGUUUUGUAGACAGCAUGAUAAAAUCAUCAGUCAAUAAAACAAAAUGGACUGGUUUCUUAGCUAGGCCCCAAGCUCUCAUUCUUUAUAUUUUGAUUUGAAUAUUUGUUUUUGGGCCCGGUAAUUUCGACAAACGGUCCCCCGGGGCCCUGUUUCCAAACUCUUUCAAAUUCGUCCCAUGACUGUUGGACGUGUGUUAUAAAAGGCAUCCAAAUGAGCCUGUGAACGCCCUAUAUCGUUCAGGGAAAAUUUUGAGAAAUUUUAAUUUGCUCUUCAUUUUCUCGUCCUCUUUACAGAUUUUGAGGAAAGUGAAUCCGAAACUGAAGAAGAGUCUCCGGCCCCUGUCGUAGAGGCUCCUGUCAUACCAAAAGUGUAAAUAUCUAUAGUCAUUUUUUUAAACUACACCAUAUCGUGAUAUGAACAGUACCACAGGAAAGUACUGCUCAAUAGCUUUCAUUCGAAUGGUCACACUUAAGGAUUUCAUCUACAGACUCAAAAGUUAGAACCACCUUGUACAGCAUAAUAAACAGCACCACAGGAAAGUACUGCUCAGUAGCUUUCAUUUGAAUGGUCACACUUUAGGAGUCAUCCACUGACUUAAAAGUUAAAAUCACCUUGUGCAGCAUGAUAAACAGUGCCACAGGAACAUACUGCUCAAUAGCUUUCAUUUGAAUGGUCACACUUAAGGAUUUCAUCCACAGACUCAAAAGUUACAACCACCUUGUACUGCAUAAUAAAUGACACUACCACAGGCAAGUACUGCUCAGUAGCUUUCAUCUCAGUGGUAGCACUUUAGGAUUUCAUACACAGCCUCAGAAGUUAGAGUAGUAGUAGUUAUAGUAGUAACUUUAUUAAAGUGUCGGUCGUGACUCUUUAGAUGGUCCAGUUUUGACACACACUUCCCCUCACAAUUUGAAGUUACUCAGACUAUUCGUUUUACUUCAGUGAGAUCGAUGAAGUUGACGGGAAUGACAGUUUGGAGAGUGGUGAACUCGAAAUCAAGGAAUUGACAUCGUAAGUUUCUUGUCCUCUUAUAUUUCUACCCAAUGUUUAGUAGUUUUGCAAAUGUUUCAAGUAGAAAUCAGCAGUUUUUUAAAAUAUGAACUGAGAAACGACAAGAAAAUUAACAACAACGCUGGCGUUCACAGCAAGCCACAGAAAAAGCAAGCAUACUUCGUAACAUCCUUUCAGCACGUGCAUUACUCGCAGUACAAGUAAGUGUGAUCUUCUAGCAAAACAGGAGCGCUAGAAAUACUUUAAAAUUCACACGCGUUGCAAAGUGACGAAACUUAUGUCUUAGUUAGAAAGGGGAACGCCUUUUAAUGUUGUUUUUCCCACUCAUUUGUGGCCCCGCAAGGAAAGGUGAAUGUGUUGUUUUAGCAAAGUCAUGAGCUUACAGGCAGUUACAGCUUGUUACUUUGUUAGUUAAGUACUUGGUUUUGUUUCCUUCACAUUUCUCUUGUAUUAUGGGAUAGCUGGUUGCAAAGUAUAUUAGACUUUGAUUUCUUUUUUGGUUGUUUCUGAUAAAUAUAAAUAACCUUUCAGUUCAUUUGGAAUCCUGUUUCCAAUUAGUUUCUCUUCUUUUCUAGGGGCGUGUCAAGUUCUGAAUGGGUAAGUGGCGUAAAUUUCUCACCGCGUUAAUCUUACGUAAAGUGUGUCCCUUAAUUCUUAAGUUUCUUAUCUAAACUAACAAAUUAUUUUGUUGUUUUAGGGAACAGCUACACUUGAAGCCGGCGAGUUUCGUCCUUUUCCUCACAAUCAGCUUAUAAUCAGUAAGACAUGAAACAGAUCGCAGUUGCUUUAGUUAAUGUGAAAGUUUGCUCGGUUUAUGCUGUAGUGUAAUCGUUUUGGACAAGGUUGAGCAGAAAGGGCCUAAUUUUUUAUCCUAAAAUUGCUGAGUUGGUAACCAGCAGCGACAAAUUUUUCGAUCUCAAAGAGAUGUCCAGUAGUCAAUCAGAUGUGUGAGGCCAGCGGGAAACAAAUGAGACUUUUCUCUGAUUGGUUAAUAUAAACCACUCUGCAAUUUCAUUGGUUGAUCCCCUAAAAUCUUGCCAGUUUUAUUCGAAGCGCGGGAAUAUGACAGACAGCCACGGGAAAAGAGCGGGAAAACGGUUGCCAGCAACACCACAAGUCACAUGGGGCGUCACAUGGCGCUUAGAUUUUACUCCUGAGUGGUUGAUAAGGCGUCAAAGCUAAUAUCUUCAGCCAAUCAAAGCGAAUCGGUGCAGAACUGUUGACUAAGACUCUUAGUUAGAAAGCGCUUUGAGAAAUGACGUAAAACGUUAGCUUUUGUCCCGUUUUUUCUUUGUUUGUUUUGCAGCGCGUUUCAAACACAGACCAGAGGAGCUACAAGCGUGUAGACAAGAGAUUGGCGAGAUACUGGAUCAAAAACUCACUAAACAAGGAUUGUCUGGUGUAAGUAUCAAUUAGAAAGUCUACCUAUUUUCCUCGCUAAAUCUAAGCAUAUGCCCCCUUUAAGUCAUUAUUCUUUUCGCAUGGGGGGGGGGGGGGGGGAAGGGGGCAGAUCCUUCGGAAUUGUAAGGUAUGGCAUUUAUAAAUCUCAACUUGUGCUUACCGGUCAAAACACAUCUCUGAAGAUGUUGAACUGGGCUCCAUUUUUCUUUUGAUUUUAAAACAACAUUGACCCCUGCCUAAGGGAGUGAUACACUGCAAGAAGUCCUAUCGCUUUUUAUCUUGUGCAUCUGAUUGAGACAGAGUUCCUGAAUUACGAUUUUUUUUGCCCGAUAGCAAAAUGCGCGGAUGUCUUCACAGAAGAUGGAGGAAAAAAUGGCAGCGCUUAGAACUGAGAGGCAAGCACGGAGUAAGGUGAGUUGAAGAAGGUUUCAAAAGAAAAGAAAAUUCUUAGAAAGUGCAGUUCCGCCAUCAUCAACCGGUCGAUUUUGUGUAAGCUGAACAAAAUUUUGAAAUCUGGAGAUUAAAUCUUAUCUGAAUUUUCUUUGAAAAUUCUUUGAUUUCGCAUAUAGUAAAUGCGACUCUCGUUGGAAAUAAAGAUCCUCCGUGGACAAAAUUGUUGUGAAUCACCAUCUGUUCUAACCAAAUUUUCCAUUUCUUCUUGUAGAAAAUCAAGAAUUAUGCUGAAAUUAGACAACAGUAAGUUGAAAGUUGUUGUCUCCGUUUGUUAAAUGUAUUUUGUUGUUGUUGUUGUUGUUAAUGAUGAUGAUGAUGAUGAUGAUGAUGAUGAUGAUGAUAGUUUGACACCCCUAGGUUUUCCGGUUAUACCAACCUCCUUUCCAGGGCCCAGUUGCUCGAAGGCCGAUUAGCGCUUAACCCGGGUUUCGUUUUUCAUAUGUUCAAAAGUAUUUUCUCGGAUAAUUUUCUCUGUUAUUUUUAGAGCUUCCGAUCAUCAACUUGUAGACAAAAAGAAUUAAAACUGAAAUGCUUUUUUAAGCUUUCAAAUCUUAAUCCAAAUCUCGCACUAACCCUGGGUUAUCUUAACCCAGCUUUGAACAACUCGGCCCAGGGGAAUAAAGUGAAGAGACCCUGAAAAUGAGAUCCUUCUUUUGUCUCUCUCACUGACAUGUCCGUCCGGGGUCUGGAAACCUGUGUAGAAUUUCCUCAAAAUGCAAUGCUGAAUGAUAGGUUGUCGUUACGCAGGAGCAUUUUAUCUUCAUAACACUUAUCAUAAGUGAAUUUAUAACUGGUGUUUCUAUCUUGAAGGUGUGUUAAAGAGGUAGAGGAGAUAGUUAAGAAGACUUACCGACGUAAUGCCUCUGGAGAAGGAAACGCCGGUUUAUCAGGUAUGGAGUCAGUAAAGCUAAUAGGCCAUUUUUGAGUUUCGAAAACCCUCACUUUCAAAACGAGGCUAAGUGCAUGAGCUUCAUUUGCAUGAGAAUGAAAAAUUUUCAUAUCAAUGGCUUCGUACUGAGCCUCGCUUUAAUACUGAGGCUUGGGUUAACUCGUCGGAAAUGGCCUAACAAGCUAACCUUUGAAUGGAAGCGAGGCUGGCGAUGACUUUGUUUUGCAAGAAAGCUCUAAGAACACGUUUUACAGUUGGAAAGAUGUGUGGUUAUCAUAGUCAAUUGCAACCUCGCUUCCACUCAUGACCAGGACACUCAGCACACAAGGGUACUUGGUGGGUAGCCUGUGGCCCGCAGUGCGUCUUUGCCUUCUCCUGCUUACGUAAGACAUUAGUGGUGUGGAAUAAAUAUUAUAUAACAGUUGCCGCUUUUUUUUCAGCUCCCACAAAAACUGGUCCUGUUAGCGCUAGCACACCGGCAGCGAGUUCCCGAACCAUCGGCGCCAGUUCUCCCUCAAACAAACGUCCCACCUUCAAGACUACUGCUACCGCUGUGCGAACUUCCGCCUCGCUGCAACAAGGCCGGAAGUCACCUGCUCUUAGAGGAACCCUAGGGUCGACUGGGUAAGUUUUGUUCACUCAUAGUUCGUAUUGUCACGUGAAAAGGAAAACAUCUAAAACAGAGUUUAUAACAAAAAAUAUAUACGAUGAGGCGAGUAAAGUUACCUUUGGUGUGUAUGGACAAGUAGCCUUCAUUAGUAGCCGUUUUGCAGACCUUCGCGUUCCUGACUAGGGCAUAUGUAGGAAAUAGAUUUGCAGCAAAACUUACAGAGGUCGCUAAGCAAGGUAGUUGACAACGAUUGGGACCGAGUAUCGAUUACUUUGGUAUUGACACCAGCCCCCCGUUUCCUGUCCACUCAGGUUGAAAACUUUGAAGCACACGAAAUAAUGAUAUUUUUAUGCAUGAUUCUCAAGGAGCGUUGUUCAUGCUGGCUGGAGUUUUUGUUCAGCUUUACUGCGCUCUCAAACUAAAAAUACCAGCGUUGUUGAGAACUUCUGAUGGGGAACACAAACUCUGAAUUGAAUGUCAAAGUGUGAGUAACUUUUAUGAAAAAAAUUAAUCAAGGUUUUGCUUUACCAGUAAUUAUUUACUUCAGUAGUAAACAAUUAUUUCCCAGAAAUUCCGGAUAAUUGCUGAAAAUUAGAGUGACCUUAACGGUGGCCUUAACAAGAUAAAACUUAAAGUUAAAGGUAUAGUUUGUUUUAAAGAAAUUGGGAGUGGAAGUUUUCCUUUUUUUGCUGCUUUUGUGGGCGGGUUUUAUUUACCUGAAUGUGUUAAAAACCGAUAAGUUUUUGCUCUCGAGUCUUGAGUUCUCAAAGCAAGAAUACGACGUAAAAGAUAUAUCGUAAAUCUAAGGGGAAGUUAAUAUCGACAUAUCAUUGAACAUCGUAGUAUAACUUUUGUAUCAAGUAUUUUGGGGGGCUUAAUGUUUUUAAAAUUAAUUUAAAAAUUGAAACCUAAGUUGUUGCAUCUUCUUCAAAACACGGUUGUUUAAUUUGCCUUUUCUGACCUGUAUUUCAAAUCUAACAGAAUAUUAUUUCUAUUUUCGUUUGGUUAAAAGAUUUUUGACCAUCAAUAAUUUAAUUUGAGGCAACGGGGGGCAAAUUUUUCUGUUAUAAAACAAACAUUGUUUUUGUUCUAGCGUUUUAAAAACAACUUCUGAUUUUGUUUCUGGCCCUUAAAUUUUAUAUCCUGUUCUUUCGUAUGACCAUCAAAGAAGUAUUAUUUUCAUUUCCGUCUGUCAAGAAUUUAGUUUGUUCAGUUUCUUAAGUGAUGGCCUCCCAAGCAGCUGUUACUUGGAUCAUCACGCAACGUUCCUCCCCAAAUUAGAGUGUUGCGUGACUAUCAGUGCACGGUUUGGUUAAAAAAGAUAAGACCUCGGCUCGCAACAAUUUUUGUCACGCGCUGUCUUCAUUGAAGUUUUGUAAUGUGUUGCGUUACUAUUUCGCACUACUGUAGCUCUACUACCGGCGGCGGUGACAUGACCGUUAGCGUGACAACCGUUACAGACCGUUCUUUUAGUGGUACAUCUGUGACAGAACGGACACUGAGUGAGUCUGAAGAGGAAGUGAGUGUGACAGAAGGUUCACAAGAGGAAGAGGAAGGCGAGUCCAACUGGGAUUCGGAAGAGUGAGUACAGUGAGCUUAUAUGGCGUAUGUUCUCAACGGAAUUUGCCCUUCGUCUUUUCGUAAAUUAUCCAUGUAAAUGCAAGUAGAUAGGAUAACAUUUAGUUAUCUGGGGUAACAUAACAUGGUCUGAAUUAGGAAAACAAAAGGCUAAAAGAGUCUUACUCUGUAGCUCGGAGAUUAGGGCGUCUAAACGGUAUUCAGGGAUUCCUUAAGUUUUAACUCCCGCCGCCCUCGCUUUUAGCGUCUCGUAGCUUCGCCACUAGCGCGAGUGAUACUCCACUAACUCUGAAGAAAAGCAAGAGAUUAAGAAAUUUGUUUGUCUGUGUGCUACCUUUAUGACUUAAUGAUUAAACAUCCUUUCUUACCGCCAUGUUAGGUUAUAAGGGAACGCUACCUUGUUCUAACAGUAAUUUUGUGCAAUCUUUACAGGGAAGCUGCUAAACCUCCCCCACAACCUACGCAUAAAGUUGCAGUUCACAUUCCUUCGCAGAAAAACUUUGAUUCUGAUUCUGAAAUUGAAGAGGUGAGGCGUCGAGUUAUAUGUCUUCUCUGAAAGCCUUCGUGUGUUUUGCUUUCGUUCAUGGACAACCUACUUUCUUUAGCUUCUACUUACAUUUGUCUUGUUUUCCAAUACAGCUUACGGAAGUUAAAACUAUCCCUACACCUGCUCCACGGGGCGAAAAGGUGAGUUCAGCCACACACAUCCGUAUUUGACUCGUCACACAACGUUUCUCCCCAAGAAUAGCAAAUGAGGGAAAGGCAGAGAGAAGGCGCGUUGCGUGACGAGUCGAAACCUUUCACUUUCCUUUCACCUGGUGGAUUUCGUAUGAUCCCCUGGGUCCUGCUUGAUCUUUUAAUCCCCCCAACCCCCACCCUUCCCCCCUCUCCUUGCCCUUCCCCUUCCUCUUCACUUACUCGUAACUUGGUUUAUUUUUUAAGGUUCGCGAGUUGGCUGAAUCAUUGGAACGGAGUUUAAGCUUUGGCUCAUCUGUUAAGAAACCAGCUGGCGGCGUAUCACUUCACUUCCAGGGAGCUGGAAACGAGAGUAGAGAGCCUCAAACGACUAUACAGAAGACGUCACGACAACAAGUGAGAAAAACAUAUCAACACAUUCUUGUAUCCUCAAUUACCUGCCUUUUUUUCGCAUUUUCUUUACAUUUUCGUUCAUUUUGUUCCGCAGAAUGAAGAUGACGUAGACAGCGACUUUUCCAUUUCCUCAGUAGACGACAUGUCAACUGGCCCAAGGUAAUGUGGACGAAUAACUCUUGAACAACUUUAAACUUACCGCCGUUUUUAAAUGUCAAACGUUAGGCGCGCGAACAUUUCUAAACGUUGGCCAAAAAAAAACUAAGAAUGUAAAACAUCGAAGAGACUGGAAGAAGAGCGGGUUUGUUCUUCCUCUGUCAUCGCUAGUAACAUAUAUAGAGGAUAUUACAUGGCCGCACGGAGAUAAGAAAUUUCUUUUCGAGUGUUGCAAAAUAUUUCACGAGUGAGCGCAGCGAUAUCUUGAAUGCUGCGUUCGUUUUAAAUCAUCAAGCAACGCCCCCACUCCCCACAGAAGCUUGUGUUUUGCGGGUUGGUACGAACUUUACUCACAAAAAGGCCAGCCAAAAUAAAUCUGCCACUUGUAUUUCUCCGGUUUGGCCUCCUCGUCAAUGAAAAACGAGGUAUCAAGAUUGGGUGAAUUUGAAAACGCCGGCAAAGUGUGAAUUUUUAGGCGAUUAAAAUAGAAGUUUGUAAUCCCAGAAGAGUGUCACUGCGGCCAUGCGGAUAUCUGAAAAAGGCCCUCUCUGAACAAGGCGCGCACAGUUUACCGUUUAUUUUUAUCUUGGAUAUUAUCCAUGUUUUUAUAAUAAGCGUUUGUAGACCGAGAUAGUGUUUACUUGUAACCAGAAAACGAUACAAAAGGGAACACUUUUCGAGGCGAAACGCCGUUUUUAUAGUUAUCCGCAUCAGUGUUUUAAUGAUUGUUUUAUUUUUUCUAUCAGGGCACCAGUUCAAGGAAGAGGAGGACAACAAACGUCCGGUGAGAAACCUUAGUUAUUUUCCUGGCUCCUUUUCUUUUUUACCUAACAAGUUUUUAGAAAAUCCAGUAAAAUUAGAAUCCAAUUCAAAAUUGCGGAGUGGACCUGGGCGUUUUUUACAAACCCCAAAACUCGAAUCUGCGAUGAAACGAACUUCAUGCAGAGUUUAGAGGAACAGUAGACCUGCUUUAAAUACAUUCCCUAAAUUUACCGUGACAAAGCUGCAAAUACAGUAGUCCUUCAUCGGACAAUGUCCGACUGUGCCCAUGUCCGACGAAAGCCUAAACGCAAUAUUUUUGUCUCAUUUCAUAUUCAGCUGCUAGACAAUCUCAAUCUCCAGUGUUUAAAAGACCUCAACCCCAGGCCACACGCGUCCAAGCGUUCACUGAUGACGAUUUCAUUUCCGAUUUUGACGAUGAUUGAGAAGUCGCGCCCACGUUCGUCGCUUCUCGAAGUUAACAUCGAUACCUGGUGAACUUUAAAGCCAUUGAGGAUUUGUAGACAUACAUAUAUUUAUUGCAAACAUCAGGGGUCACGAGCACACUUCACUUGUCUCCAGUCUCUUGUUACCCCGGCUUGCCCCCCUUAGGUACGAGUCUAAGUCACGUGCAUAGACCUCUUUCAAUCUUCUGUUACAAUCUUCUAAAAAGUGGUUGAUACGUAAAGCCAAGAGUGGAUGGGAAAUUUGAACCCCCCCUCCGAAAUCAAGGAUAGGAAAAUGGCAGGGUUUGCUGUUCCAUUUUAUUCUGUCCAAGAUUGUAGACUCCCUUCAGCCUGAGGGCACAGGCAGACCACCCUCUGUUAGUGGGGGCCGUUGUUGAUUGAAAUCUGAGCAACGAUCUUUUGUUAUUUAUAGAAGAAAUACAUAUGAACAAUACGGUGGCUGUAAUUUGUUCCAAAAUGCAGAAUUCAAAGCAAAUUUUUCAAUAAACGUUUGAGGAAAAUGCUAACUGAGCCAUGUGUCAUGUUUUUUUCGCCGGUUGUGGUGCUGUUUUAACCGCCUAUUUUUCAGAUGAAAAUAUAAAACAGCACCACGGCGAAAAAACAUGUUCACAUGGCUCAGUUAGCAUUUUCCUCAAACGUUUAUUGAAAAAUUUGUUUUGAAUUCUGCAUUUUGAACAAAUUACAGCCACCGUAUUCAGCAUAUGUAGUGUUGUCCAGCAAAAGCGUUGCUCAGAUUUUUCAACAACGGCCCCCACUAACAGAGGGUGGUCACGGAAUUUGAGAGGGGACACGGAAUUUGAGAGGGGCGCCUCUCUCAACUUCCGUGUCUGUGCCAUGUACCACACUUUUCAUCUAUCCUUCACUCAGUUUUGAGUCACCUGAAGCCCGAUUUCAAUACUAUAAUCGAGGCUAUUCGGAUGAUUUUAUAGAAGCUAUGCCUUAUAUGGGGGCUAAUGAACAUCCAGAAAGCACAAGCUGGGGUUAUCAAAGUCUCACUUGAAUCAACUUCGCUCUUGUACUCCGAUUUGAAAGUAGCCGAUGCAUUGUAUUAAAGUACUUCUUUACUUACGAUUUAGCCUACGUUGUUAAGUCUACACUAGAUUGUUAGUGACUACGAAAGGAUUCGGGUGUUUCCAUAUUGCACUUGAGAAAUAUUUUUUGUAUAUAUAAAUCUGGGUGAAUAGUAAGAUUGGUAUUUUUCAUGUGCAAAGAAUAUUCUUUUAUAGUUGUAGCGUUUUCACUUAUAGUUAUAGAGUUGGCAUACAUAAUAAUUAUAAUGGCUAUUUUAGGGCCAUAAAAGAGUUGAAGUGAUAUUUACUAAGCUGUAAAACAAAUUUCGAUGUUUGUAAUCGAAAAGUUUAUAUACCGGUAUUAAAUUCUCU